AUGUCAAAAAUCAACUCCUCAAACAACAAAACCCCAACCUCCUUAACCCACCGAAAUACAAUAAAUUAUAGAGAACGAUGUCGAAUGCACGAUUUAAACGCUGCUUUAGAUGACCUACGUGCUUCUAUUCCUUAUGCCCAAGGAGGGAAUAUUAGAAAAUUAUCAAAAAUUGCUACUUUGUUAUUGGCAAAAAAUCAUAUAAUAAUGCAGGUUGGGUUAAGAAAAAAAUUUUUUAAUUUUUUGUAA